CUUACUCAUCGUUGAUUAGCCGCCCAUCCACGCAUUAAGGCCAACAUUGUCAAUAUACUGCGUGAACCAAACAAUACUCAACCGUUGGCUGCCUGCUAUCUUGCUCUGCUUCGCGAUGGACGGCGACGACGAGCUCACCGCCGAGAUCCAAGCCCAAGUGGAAGAGUGGUCGGCCAACAGCAAAGACUGCUUCACUCUCCACAUCCGCAAGGGCGAUCGCAACAUCGCCACCUUCCUUCCAGAGUUCACUUACGAGUUCUUCGGCGAGGAAGAGGCCAUCUUUGGCUACCAUGACCUCUCCAUCGAUCUGUUAUUUGCGGCACAUGAUAUGCGACCGAGCCUCAGCAUACACCAUGGCAAAGUGUUUCCGGCGCAGAGCGAGAGUAUACGACCCACGGAUAUCAAGGCGGCAUUGAGGGGUUACUUGCCUGAUGAGGCGCUCGAUGGGCGGAAUGCGAAGCUGCUGAGGGAGGGGACGGGAGCGGACUGGACGCCGCCGGGCGAGGAGAUACACGCGUAUGUCAAGGAUGGGGAGAGGUAUGAGAUCCGAUGCGCCAGCUUAGCCGACCCAGAGGCGAGGAGGGUGCUGGAGAACAUGCAAAUCCUAGUGCCCAUGUUCAUCGAAGGAGGCAGUGUGCUACAGCUCGAGCAAGACUGGUCGACGCAGCGAUGGAAGAUCUUCCUCCUCUACCGCACCGACAGCAAGCCAGCACCAAACACCUCACCCUACACUCUCGUCGGCUUCGGGACAUCCUACCGCGUCUUCACCCUACCCGACCGAAACCACCCCAGCGAAAGCGAGAAGCGCUUACUAGACGAUGUUCCACUCGACACACUCCUCCACCAAUCAAACCAGCCAGACCAAAGCAUGACCGACCGACAAAGCCCCCUCGACUUACCAAGCCGCGAACGCCUAUCUCAAUUCCUCAUCCUACCCCCGUUCCAAGGCAACGACCACGGCAAGCACCUCUACAACACAAUCUACACCCACCUCACCUCCUCCCCCAACAUCCGCGAAUUCACCGUCGAAGACCCCAACGAAGCCUUCGACGACCUACGCGACCGCUGCGACUUACUCCGCCUUCGCUCCACGGUCCCGGAAUUCCUCAACCUCCGCAUCAACACCGACAUCCCCGCCGACCGCCUCCUACCAACCGAACCAAUACCCACACACCUCAUCAUCACCCCUCCCGCCCCCACCACACUCGACGGCAUCCGCGCGCAAACGAAGCUCGAGAAACGACAGUUCGAUCGACUGGUGGAAAUGCACACCCUCUCCCUCAUCCCACCCCCGCACCGGUCGCGAAAUCGUAUCACGCGGAAAGAGAAGAGUAAGAAUGAACGGGAUCGGGCGUAUUACUUUUGGAGGCUGUACGUGAAGGAGCGGUUGUACGUGUUUAAUCGCGAGGUGUUGGUGCAGGUGGAGCGGGGGGAGCGGGUGGAGAGGUUGGAGGCGGCGGUUGAGGGGGUUGUGGAGGGGUAUGCGAGGAUGUUGGAGAAGCUGGGGAGGGAUGAGAUGGUGGAGGGAGAGAGGGGGGAGGGGGAGGUGGGUGGGGGAGAGGAUGAUGAGGUUGGGCUGAGGGCAGCCAAGGGACAGCAGAAGAAGAAGAAGAAGAAGCGGAAGGUCAUUGAUGAGGAGGAUGAUGGGGAGGAUGAGGACGAAGAGAUGGCAGUAGGUCGUGCGAAUGGAACGGCGGGGCACGGCGGCGGCGGUGCGUCUAAGAGGCCACGGCAGACGUAGUGUCCUCUCGCCAGCUUCGCACGCGCGAUCUCUUGCACCGCUUGAAGCGUACAGGCUGGAGCUGCAUGGUGUUGAUUGAUUUUGAUGGAUAGGGUUUAGCAUGGCGUUCGGGGUGGAAAUAAAUGCAUGACAACCCUGCGAUGAAUUUGUUCGUAUGAUGGAUGCGUUGUGUCUUCAUGUUGUUCUGCGAUCGCGAACGUGCAGUCACCUUCUGCGGCACGUAAUGGUCGCGGAAAGACGCAUGCUUACGGCGAACCUGGCAUAGAAAUACCUUAACUAGUGAAUCGGUGUAUGUUGU